CUUCCCACCGCCUCACCCUUAUGCUUUGCCUAUAACAGUAAAACCUUACCAUCGUCGUCCCUCACAAUCUCCGCCGGCGAAUCUGAAAUUUUCUUCGAGACUAACAAUGGCGGCAGCUAACAGCGGUUCACGGCGACAAAAGCCGAACAUACUCAUCACGGGAACCCCCGGUACCGGCAAAUCGACGACGGCUUCUGCUCUUGCCGAAGCCACGAGCUUCCGGCACAUCUGCGUCGGAGAUCUCGUCAAAGAGAAGAACUUGCACGACGGCUGGGACGAUCAGUUCGAUUCCUACGUCAUCAACGAAGACUUGGUGUGUGAUGAGCUGGAAGAUAUAAUGGAAGGGGGAGGGAACAUUGUGGACUACCAUGGCUGCGACUUCUUCCCUGAGCGUUGGUUUGAUCGUGUUGUCGUGCUUCAGACCGAGAACUCCGUCUUGUACGACCGAUUAACCAGGAGGGGUUAUUCGGGAACCAAGCUCAGUAACAACAUUGAAUGCGAGAUCUUCCAAGUCAUGCUCGAAGAGGCGAGUGAUAGUUACGAAGAGGAGAUUGUUGUCGCGCUGCAGAGUAACACCCUCGAAGAUAUCUCUAGCAAUGUGGCGAGUUUGACGGAAUGGAUUGAAUCAUGGAGUCCCUGAGUAAUCAUCAUAUGAACGAUGCAUAUUUUAUAGCUAUAAUGUUCGGUUUUUUUGGUAGUUUUUUUUAAUGAAUUCUGCAUUGAUCUUUGUUAGUUGCAAUUUAUAAGCACAGUUCAGCUGUUGCAAGACCACCUUAUGUAUGUGUCCCUUUUGAUAAUUAAAAAUAAGUUUUUUUUU